AUGGAUGGUUACACAGAAAGUGAUAGCGAGCUGACGGAGAGCGAAUACAGUUUUUUGACACCUGUGCUCUACUGGUCUAUCCGGGCUUCCGUAAUAUUGAUACCUUACCCGGAAAUAGUUCAUCGCCCGUGUGACGUCAGUCGGUGUGUGAAAAUGUCGGAGGAGGAGGUGGACGUCUUAGUCCAGAGAGUUGUCAAAGAUAUCACCAACGCAUUUAAAAGGAACCCAAACAUUGAUGAGAUUGGUGUGAUUCCGUGUCCAGAGGCUCGUUACAACCGGAGUCCCAUCGUGUUGGUGGAGAACAAGUUGGGCGUUGAAAGCUGGUGUGUCAAAUUUCUGCUGCCAUAUGUCCACAACAAGCUGCUGCUCUACCGCCAGCGCAAACUCUGGCUGGACAGAGAAGCUUUAGUGGACAUCACUGGCACCUUGUUGCUGCUCAACCCAGACUUCACCACUGCAUGGAAUGUCAGGAAGGAGUUGCUGCAGUGUGGAGUUCUUAACCCAGAGAAGGAUCUCUACCUGGGCAAACUGGCCCUCACCAAAUUCCCCAAAAGUCCAGAAACAUGGAUACACCGACGCUGGGUGCUGCAGCAGAUUCUGCACCCGUUCUUUGCUGUUGGCCACAAUAAAAACAUGCAGCAGCAGCAGCAGCAGAGUGAAGCAGAGCCGGCUGCUGCAGAGAGGAGUCAGGAGCUCUGCGACCAUCUGGCCAGGACGCUCCACCAGGAGAUCAAGGUGUGCUCUGACGCUGCCUGUCGCUAUCCUAGCAAUUACAACGCCUGGUCCCACCGCAUCUGGGUGUUGCAGCACAUGGCGAAGGGCAACGUCAAGGUUUUCCAUGACGAGCUGUCAUCUAUGCACCUAUGGGUGUCCAUGCACGUGUCCGACCACAGCGGCUUCCACUACCGCCAGUUCCUGCUCAAGGAGCUGGUCGCUGAGCUCUGCCAGACUCCAGCUUCCACCACCAACACUACUUGUUCGUCCCAGCACUGGCCCCCCAGCAACAAUUCCCACCAGUACAUCUGCACUCAGACUAACGGGGAGCUGUCGGGAACGGAGGCGGGGCUCGAGGAGGAGAGGCAGCUCAGCUUCACCACAGUCCUGCAGCUCUUCCACCGGGAGAUGGAUCUGUGCUCGGACCUGAUUCAGUCGUUCCCCGGACAUGAAGCGCUAUGGUGUCACAGGCGGUCCGUCUUCUACUUGUGGAACCAGUGGAGGAGGGAGCACCAGCAUCACUGUAGCAGCAGGAGGGAAAGCGAGUCGGUCGGCCCGCACGACACUAACCCGAGCGUCCCAGACGUCGGCCCUCAGAGCUGCGCGGGCUGGGGGGAGAGUUUGAACGGACAGAGACACGCUAGAGAAUCUAUGGAGGUGGACGGGGUGGCCCUACCAGACCCGCAAGACAGCAAGCGCCUGAAAAGAGGCGCCCCGCUGCCCAGCCCCCCCACCCUUUCCUCCGAGCACAGCUUUGUGAGCGGUGUUCUGGACAGCUGCUGUAACCCCGAGCAGAGACGCUUCGCCCUGGCGUACGAGAAGUGGUUAGACACCGUCGUCGGCCUGCGGUCUUGAGAGAGAGAGAACGAGAGAAAGAGAACUCUGAGCCCAAUCCUUUCUCGUCAAUGCAGUUGCCUUUAGACACAGAUUGAGGAUCGGCUUACCUAUCUGUAGUGCUGACUUAUAUUACUAGUACAUUAAAUGCAGUGAUGACUUUAGCAGCCAGUCCUGGCAAAGCCUAGUUACUGUCCUAUACUCCUGUCUAUAGGUAUUAAGGAUGGGGAUGUUCUUCCUCAGAAACAUCUGGAUUUUCUUGACCUUCAUCUGAGCCAGUACCUUCUUCGGAAAUGGGAAAUGUGCCCACACAGAGACUACUGGCUCACUACGUGUCCGUUAGUACAUCCUCGUCUUAUUUCAGGUGUCUCAAUGCCUCAGGUCAAAUUUCCAGAAAUUUUUUUUUUUUUAUUUUAUUGUCAGCUCGGUAUUCGUCUGCAUGUUUUACUUCAUUUCUGUUAAAGUAUUUCAACUAAAAAAAAAUAAUAAAAAAAAAUUAACAAAGCUGUCACAUGAGGAGGAGGACGUUGGAUGUGAGAGCAAAACACAAUUUACACCGUCUGACUCACUUGAAAUAGUUGGACCUGAUUGUAUUGAAUACUGAAUUCACCAAUGUUGUAUAAAUGAAUAGGACGUUAUGAAAUAAAGAAUAACAUUUAUAAAUUACUGACUAGAAAUGUCACCUAAUUUAAUAAAUUCUGAAUAUGUUA